AGUUUUAACAAAAGUAGCAAAGUGCAACUCUCCCGGCUUUUUUCUAACCCUCUAGAUUCCAUUCUCCCUUCCGUUUUUUCUCGUUUUCUCGUUACAUUACCAAGUAUCCGUACUCCUUCUGUCACUAAAUAAAUGUCCCAUUCGCAUUUUACGCAAGUUAAAAUCACAAUUUUUUAAAAAUCCAACCAACCUCUUCCCACCCGACGACUACGACUACAUGAUCUUCCUCACUAAUUUUAAAACAAAUAACAGUCAAACUCCAUUAAUUAUAAUCAAUCUACCCAACAAAUUUUCCAAAACAAAACUCCAUUAAAGCAACUCAAAUACAUCCAUUGAAGAAGAAGUAACAACCCUUUUGAAGGGGAGAACAAUAAUGGAACUAGAAGUUAAACGAAGAACAACAAAAUCCCUAAUUUCGAAGCUAAGUUCAGUAUCAGAUCAAACCCGAAUCGCAGCACUUUGUGAGCUCCGAUUACUCACCAAAAAUGACCCAGAAAUCCGACCCAUAAUCGCCGAAGAAGAUGAAGGUGCAGCAAUCUCUCUCCUCGCUGAAACCCUUUACUCUCCUACACCAUUAGCGCAAGAAAACGCUGCUGCAACUCUGCUUAAUCUCUCAAUUUCCUGUAAAAAAUCCAUCAUGUCAACUCGUGGGGUUCUCGAUUCUCUCUCCUAUAUUCUCUCUAAUCACCGCACACACCCGCCUGCCGCCGUGCAAUCCGCCGCCGCUGCGAUUUACAGCCUUUCCGUUGAGGAGAAUUAUCGUUCUGUAAUUGGGGGUAAAAGGGAUGUUGUGUACUCUUUGAUUGAUAUUGUAGGGUUUCGGGAAUCGCCGUCUCGGUCAAUCAAAGAUGGGUUGAAAGCGCUUUUUGGGUUGUCUUUGUGUCCUUUGAAUCGGCCUUUAAUGGUGGAAUUUGGGGCAAUUGAAUCAAUUUUUAGGGUUGUGGUGAGAGAUGGGAGGAUUGGAGUGAUUGAGGAUGCAACUGCUGUGAUUGCGCAGGUUGCUGGGUGUGUAGAGAGUGUUGAGGCCUUUCGAAAGGCGGCUGGGGUUCGGGUUUUGGUUGAUUUGUUGAAUCCUGAGACGGGUUCGAGCUCGAGGAUUAAAGAGAAUGCGGUUUCUGGGUUGUUGAAUUUGGUGAAGAUUGGUGGGGAGGAGGUUGGGGAGGAGAUUAGGGAGGUGGGUUUAGGGUUGGUUUUUGAUGGGUUAGGAGAAGUGGUUGAUAGUGGGAGUGAUAAAGGGAAGAAAAGAGCUCAAGCUUUGUUGAAGAUUCUUGAGGAUGGUAUGAGUCUGAGUCACAAGGAUGCCAAUGAUUCCGGUUCGGAUUUGUAUUCUGGUCCUUUGGUAGAUACUUCGAAUUCGUUUUCGUAUUGAUUGUGUUAGCAUGAUGUUUGAUGAUUAUAGUGUGUCAUAGUUGAAAAAAAAAAAACAAAGGACUUUCCAAGGAUGAUUGACUGAUAGAGUAUGUGAUGAAUGUGUUCUUGUUGUUCUCCUCAAGAUUAUGAGAUUAGGGUGUACAAAAGAUUUGCCUCAUUGUAAAUUCUUUUAUUCAAUGUAUUACGUUAAACUUGUCACUAAUGCAAAUUCAAUGCCCGAUUCUUGUUCUUCUCUGA